AUGCUGAAUUUCAACGGUCCUCAGUUGAAAAACACUGCUGCUGAGCCGGUAUGGAAGGUGCUGAUCUACGACAGGUGUGGCCAGGACAUCAUCUCCCCUCUGCUGGCAGUCAAAGAGCUACGGGAAAUGGGGAUCACUUUGCACUUGUGAGUAGGCCUAACUCACAAUUUGACGUCACUGUUAGUAAUCUAUUAGUCUCCUUCACAAAAGGUAAAUUUAGAGAAAGCAAAAAUCAUGAUACGUCAGACAAAUAAUUGAUAAGGCUGUAAAGACAUUGAACCUUCAACUGGUGAAUCUAUUGAUAAUGAAGGAGCUACCAGUGCAGUAUAUUUCAAAGGACAACAACAGUUUUGAGAAAAGGAAUUUGAGUCAAUAAUGAAUUGAGUAAUUGCAAAUAAGUCCACACACACAGCGUUGACUUGGUGUCAAUCAAUAGAGGAUACAGUAAUCUAGAAAGGUCUUCAAUGUAUUUUAUCUUUCUCUAUAGGUUGCUUCAUUCAGACAGAGAUCCCAUCCCGGAUGUGCCAGCCAUCUAUUUUGUAAUGCCGACAGAGGAGAACAUUGACCGGAUAUGCCAAGUAAACAUCCCUCACUCAGAACUUCAACAUGACAUCAUCAGAUAUUUUUAUACUAGGGAUAGGCCAAGUUGAUAAGGACAAAUGUCUUCGGCCACCGAGUCUAUGAAUUUAGUGGCCUUGCCCAGAUAAAAUGAUUUGUUGUCCAAACGUAACAUUCCAGACAUCUAACAUCCUACUAGUCGGUAUAUUGUUCCAUUCCAUUGUUUUGUCUCUCUUUCUCAGGACCUUCGUAGUCAGCUGUAUGAGUCCUACUAUUUGAACUUCAUCUCAGCCAUAUCCAGAAGUAAACUAGAGGAUAUUGCCAGUGCAGCUCUCUCAGCCAACGCUAUCACACAGGUUACCAAGGUGAGUCUACAACACACUCGUUUACGUCUCUGCCAGGCUACAUCUCAAAUGGUACCCUAUUCCCUAUAUGGUGCAUUACCUUUUGCCUGUAGGGCUCUGGUGAAAAGUAGUGCACUAUAAAGGGGAUAGUGUGCAAUUUGGGACUCAGUUCCAGGAAUUUUCUAUAAAUCACAUCACAGGGUAUUGACAGCCUUGUAAGAGUAAGGUCUUUUUUGCUUUCGUAGGUGUUCGAUCAGUAUUUGAACUUCAUCACACUUGAAGAUGAUAUGUUCAUCCUCAGCAAUCAAAAUAAAGAGCUCAUCUCCUACCAUGGUAAUAAGUUCAUUGGAUUCAGAAACAGGGCAAGAUUUGAUAUUGUCAAAAGGAAACUAAAGAACUGUUUUUAUUCACAUAUUACCUUCAGAUUGUCUUCUUGAUUAGCUGGCAUGAUUGUAUUUGACUUCCUGUUUUCCUAUUCCCUUUUGAUUAGCAAUUAACAAACCGGACAUCAUGGACACAGAGAUGGAGGCCAUCAUGGAUACGAUAGUAGACAGUCUCUUCUGCUUCUUUGUCACUCUGGGUGCGUCCUUCAACACAACGUUAUCAAUGCCACAAUACUAUUGAGACUCCUGAGAGAACAUUGCUUUGGUAUUUCAAAAUAUGCUGUGAGAUUUAUUUAUUUACUCAGGUGGUUAUACCAUUUCUACCUGCUAGAUGGCAGCAUUACUACUAUUAUUACUCACCUGAAUCGAAGCAGUACCAAGAUAAUAGUUCUUCUGAGAGAGGAAAACUGUUUGAAAGUAAAGGGUUUUGUCUGAAAGUGUGACUAUAUAGAUGACACUUUGAACAAAACAAACCCACCUUGCAGUCUGUGUAAGAUUCUCAGUUUUAUCCUAAUGGGAUUCAGCCCCCACUAGACUCCAGCAUAUCUCUAUAGAGAAGCUCUGCUAAAGUCUUCCAUGCCCUCUAUUGGCAGCUAACAGGUCUGUUUUGUUUUCUUAGGUGCUGUCCCCAUAAUCCGCUGUCCAAGAGGGAAUGCUGCGGAGAUGGUCGCGGUGGUGAGCAUCAUCCUCCUUCAUUUAAAACCAUCUGAAGUCGUCUCAGCCUCUGUCAGGGGCCCAGUCUGUCUGUCUGAACACUUUGUAUUACGUCUUGGCAGUGCAGACAGGCCUGGGAGAGUAGUACCCAUCCUCAGUGGGUACAGUGAAAGGGGAAAUUAGUCAUUUGAGGACCACCCCAAAUCCAACCACCUCCAGAAUCUGACUGUAUUUGCAGGUGGAUUCUUUAUGUGUGAAGGAAUGUUGAUGCAGUCUGUGUGGAAGCUGAUCCUCCAGGGGCCUUAAUGGAUGGAUGGAGUGGUUCUCCUCUACUUACACAGCACUGCUCUUUGUUCCCUGUACUGCUGUGUUGUGGUGGUGGUCUCUAAGCUCUCAAUGCAACCCUGCAGGACUGUGUGCUUAGUGUUUAUUUGGUUCAGAAGAUAAGGUCUCUUACCUAGCUAAUUAAAUAAGAGACUAAACCAUCUUAAACCCAGUUUCUCUGUUGCAGAAACUUGACAAGAAGCUUCGGGAGAACCUGCGAGACGCCAGAAACAGCCUGUUCACUGGAGACAACAUGGGGGCCGGCCAGUUCAGGUGGUUCAGGGUGCUGUAGACUAGUAAACUGGGUAUGAACCAUAAAGAGAGCAGACUAGAUGAAGACAUUCAUCCCAUUUUGUACUUUACCAUGGAAAGCCUACUCCAUUCCACAUAAAAUGGCUUCCCACACGCACUGUGUUUCACUGUGUCUUUGUUUAACUGUGGAAAUGUGAUCUCCUGCUUUUCUCCUCUCCAGACCCACUGAGCAGUUAGCUAGGCCUUCACUAAGACCCACUGAGCAGUUAGCUAGGCCUUCACUAAGACCCACUGAGCAGUUAGCUAGGCCUUCACUAAGACCCACUGAGCAGUUAGUUUGGCCUUCACUAAGACCCACUGAGCAGUUAGCUAGGCCUUCACUAAGACCCACUGAGCAGUUAGCUAGGCCUUCACUGAGUGGUGGAUGAAGAGAAAACAGUCAUGCCUCUUCUGGGAAAAUCUAAGCUGGAUCCAUUUCAAGUGUUCUUUUGUUUUUGCUGUGGUGGAGCGUAGAGAGAGAGCCUAGUCAGUGGGGAACUCUGGGUACAUUUAUCAUCCUGUCAUUUCAUCUCUGUCUGUCUCUCUCUCUUCAGCUUCCAGAGACCCCUAUUUGUACUUGCUGACCGCAACCUGGAUCUUGCCACCCCCCUCCACCACACAUGGACCUAUCAGGCCCUCAUCCACGACGUGCUGGUAAGACUGACAGGAUACAGGGAGAGAGAGGAGCAGAUCUGUCUUUCAUACUCCCGCCACAAUGGUAUGAUGGACUUAACAGACGCAUCAUACACUUUGACAAAAACUAAGGGCUUACUCAUGAGAAAUGUCCACUCUGCAGUCUGGACUCAUUCCAUGUGAAUUGUGUUGUGUGUAUGGUAUUUUACACUGUGAGUCUGAACUGGUCUGCUCAAUAGUGUGAAUAGGGUAUAUACAGUACACUAAGGUGUGUGGUUUUUCAAGGUAGCGAACAGAUUUUACUUGGAAUGUUAUUUCUGAGAUACUGCAAUUACUUUGUGUAAGAUGAAGAGGGUACAUUUUACAUUUUAGUCAUUUAGCAGACGCUCUUAUCCAGAGCGACUUACAGUUAGUGAGUGCAUACAUUUCUUUUUUUUCAUACUGGCCCCCCGUGGGAAUUGAACCCACAACACUGGUGUUGCAAACGCCAUGCUCUACCAACUGAGCUACACGGUGUCAGAGGUCAUAUAUAUUAGUGAGGAAACAUUUUCCAGCAUCCGUGCCUUUAAAUUAUUUGUGGUGUAGAGUGGACCGACCUGUCUACUAUCCUACCCUUGGUUUUCAGCAUUGCAGGUCCUUUGUUUAGCCUCGAUAUACAGUACCAGUCAAAAGUUUGGACACACCUACUCAUUCAAGGGUUUUUCUUUAUUUUUACUAUUUUCUACAUUGUAGAAUAAUAGUGAAGACAUUUAAAACUAUGAAAUAACACAUGGAAUCAUGUAGUAACCAAUAAAGUGUUAAAUAAAUCAAAAUAUAUAUUUUUUUUUAAUUUGAGAUUCUUCAAAAUAGCCACCCUUUGCCUUGAUGACAGCUUUGCACACUCUUGGCAUUCUUUCAACCAGCUUCAUGAGGUAGUCACCUGGAAUGCUUUGUGCCUUCUUAAAAGUAAAUUUGUGGAAUUUAUUUCCUUCUUAAUGCGUUUGAACCGAUCAGUUGUGUUGUGACAAGGUAGGGAUGGUAUACAGAAGAUAGCCCUAUUUGGUAAAAUACCAAGUCUUGGUUUUUUGCGACUGCACUUGAAGAAACUUUCAAAGUUCUUGAAAUUCUCCGGAUUGACUGACCUUCAUGUCUUAAAGUAAUGAUGGACUGUCGUUUCCCUUUGCUUAUUUGAGCUGUUCUUGCCAUAAUAUGGACUUGGUCUUUUACCAAAUAGGGCUAUCUUCUGUAUACCACCCCUACUUUGUCACAACACAACUGAUUGGCUCAAAUGCAUUAAGAAGGAAAUAAAUUCCACAAAUUAACUUUUAAGAAGGCACACCUGUUAAUUUAAAUGCAUUCCAGGUGACUACCUCAUGAAGCUGGUUGAGAGAAUGCCAAGAGUGUGCUACUUCGAAGAAUCUCAAAUAUAAAAUAUAUUUUCAUUUGUUUAACACUUUAUUGGUUACUACAUGAUUCCAUAUGUGUUAUUUCAUAGUUUUGAUGUCUUCACUAUUAUUCUACAAUGUAGAAAAUAGUAAAAAUAAAGAAAAACCCUGGAAUGAGUAGGUGUUCUAAAAUAUUUGACUGGUACUGUAUGUAUGACAGCGGUUGUUAUUUUGAAGGUAGGCUAUGAUGAUGUUAGUAGAUAUCAAUGUUUAUCCCAGCGGUAUCUAUGGCUCAGUCUGUUUUCUAAUGUUUUGAGCAGAAAUAUGACCAGACUUCACAUCCAAUAGGAUCUCUGCCAGCUGUCAAACACCUUCCCAACACUGAGUAACUAGUGUCUGUACCGGUGUCUGUUUAUUUGUGUGUGUGUGUCCCAGGACUUCCACCUGAACAGGGUCAGUAUGGAUGAGUCUGUGGGGUCAGAAGCCUCCCCUGCCGGAGCCAGACCCAAGAAGAAGAACAAGAAGAGUUAUGACCUCACAGCAGCCGACAUGUUCUGGCUGAAACACAAGGGCAGGUUAGGAACUCACUUGUGAUCAGUUACUGAUUUAGAAGGUAGCUCGUGGCUGACGCUUUAUAACUAGGUAGCAACAGUAUAUUCCAAGUUUUGCUGGUUAGAUACUAAAUUCUGUUGGCUAAAUUGGAUUAAACUACUGAUUUAGAAGGUAGUCUGCAGGUGAUGCUUUAUAACUCAGUAGCAACAGUAUAUUUGGAGCUUUGCCGUAGUGAAGUCCUUCUUGGCUGAGGGGUUGUUCUGACUCUUCCAGCCCGUUCCCGGAGGUGGCUGAGUCUGUACAGGAGGAGUUAGACACGUACCGAGCCCAAGAGGACGAGGUGAAACGCCUCAAGAGCAUCAUGGUAAGAGAGGCACACAGGUGGUUUUAUAGAGCUAUUCAAUGAAGUAGUCUCACUGAAAACAAUAGACAACACUCGCACUUGCAUAUUCCCCACUAAAAUAACUUAGUUUUCUUCUCCAGGGGUUGGAGGGUGAGGAUGAGGGAGCCAUUAGUAGUAUUAGUAUGUCAGACAACACUGCAAAACUUACCUCAGCUGUCAGGUGAGCAUCAAUGUAGAAUAUACAGUAUUUAUCUGUUUUAUUAUGUCUUUGUUCAUUACUGCACCAUUAUUGACAGUUCUCAGUCGGUACCAAAACUGUUCUGUGUUUCCUCUAUCAGCUCCCUACCAGAGCUUCUGGAGAAGAAGAGGCUGAUUGACCUCCACACUAACGUAGCCACCGCCGUUCUGGAUCACAUUAAGGUCAGUGUUUAACACUGUCUUGGCCAGACAGGGUGUUCUCUGUGUCUAGAGAGAGAGGGUUCUCUCUAUGUCCUCUCCAUGUCCACAGUGCACAGCGUCCCAUUAACACUGUUCUCUGAUAUUGGACACCUAUGGAAGACUGUUGUGCUGUGCAGUCACAUUGUGAGCUCUACCAUCUCAGAGCACUGACUAUAAAGUUGUUACUAAAUCUGGCAAAGACUGCCUAAACAUCCUCUUGAACUAAUGUACACCUUAUGGGAUGUAUCCACAGAGCCGUAAACUGGACGUGUACUUUGAGUACGAGGAGAAGCUGAUGAGUAAAUCCACCCUGGAUAAGUCUUUACUGGACAUCAUCAGUGACCCAGACGGUAGAUGUGCCACUGUGCUUAUCUUGGCCAGCACUGACAUAAAUCAUGCAUAUGUGUUUUACUUUUUCAAGCUUUGGAAGUACCUGAGAUGCCUGUUUUGAAGGUUUGUUAAACAACAGCUUUUCUCUUUGUAACAGCUGGAACACCAGAGGACAAGAUGAGACUCUUUCUGAUAUUCUACAUCACAGCCCUGCAGCCCACUUCAGAGGUGAGGCCUGGCCCCCUCCUAACCCUAACCCUUACCCUAACAAUCUAAACCCUCCUGACCCUAACGGUCUAACCCCUCCUAACCCUUACCCUAACGGUCUAACCCUCCUAACGGCUAACCCCUCCUAACCCUUACCCUAACGGUCUAACCCCUCCUACCUACCCUAACGUCUAACCCUCCUAACCCUACCCUAACGGUCUAACCCCUCCUAACCCUUACCCUAACGUCUAACCCCUCCUUACCCUAACGUCUAACCCUCUAACCCUUACCUUAAACGGUCUAACCCCUCCUAACCCUUACCCUAACGGUCUAAGCCCUCCUCCUACCCUAACGGUCUAACCCUCCUAACCCUUACCCUAACGGUCUAACCCUCCUAACCCUUACCUAACGGUCUAACCCCUCCUAACCCUUACCCUAACGGCACUAACCCUCCUAACCCUUACCCUAACGGUCUAACCCCUCCUAACCCUUACCCUAACGGUCUAACCCCUCCUAACCCUUACCCUAACGAUCUAACCCCUCCUAACCCUUACCCCUUAACUGGUCUAACCCCUCCUAACCCUUACCCUAAGGUCUAACCCCCCUAACCCUUACCCUAACGGUCUAACCCUCCUAACCCUACGGUCUAACCCCUAACCUUACCCUAACGGUCUAACCCCUCCUAACCCUUACCCUAACCGCUCUAACCCUUUCGCUAACCCUCUACCCUAACGGUCUAACCCCUCCUAACCCUUACCCUAACGAUCUAACCCCUCCUUACCCUUACCCUAACGGUCUAACCCCUCCUAACCCUUACCCUAACGAUCUAACCCCUCUAACCUUACCCUAACGGUCUAACCCCUCCUAACCCUUACCCUAACGAUCUAACCCCUCCUUACCCUAACGGUCUAACCCCUCCUAACCCUUACCCUAACGAUCUAACCCCUCCUACUUACCCUAACGGUCUAACCCCUCCUAACCUUACCUAUACCCCUAACGAUCUAACCCUCCUAACCCUUACCCUAACGUCUAACCCUCCUGACCCUACGUCUAACCCCUCCUAACCCUUACCUUAAGGUCUAACCCCUCCUAACCCUUACCUUAAACGGUCUAACCCUCCUAACCUUACCUACGUCUACCCUAACGGUCUAACCCUCCUAACCCUUACCCUAACGAGCUAAACCCCUCCUAACCCUACGAUCUAACCCCCAUCCCCUAACCCUUACCCCUAACGGUCUCAAAAACCACCCUCCCUAACCCUUACCCUAACGAUCUCAACCCCUCCUAAACCCUUACCCAACGAUCUAAACCCCUCCCUGACCCUAACGGUCAAACCCCUCCUAAACCCUUACCCUAACUAUCUAAACCCCAUCCUAACCCCUUACCCUAAACGGCCUACCCUUACCCUAACGGUCUAACCCCUCCAACCCUUACCCCUAAAUGUCUAACCCCUCCUAACCCUUACCCCUAAAGGUCUAACCCCUCCUAACCCUUACCCUAAAGGUCUAACCCCUCCUAACCCUUACCCUAACGGUCUAACCCCUCCUAACCCUUACCCUAACGAUCUAACCCCUCCUAACCCUAACUGUCUAACCCCUCCUAACCCUAACGGUCUAACCCCUCCUAACCCUUACCCUAAUGAUCUAACCCCUCCUGACCCUAACGGUCUAACCCCUCCUAACCCUUACCCUAACGGUCUAUCCCCUCCUAACCCUUACCCUAACGAUCUAACCCCUCCUAACCCUUACCCUAAUGGUCUAACCCCUCCUAACCCUUACCCUAACGGCCUAACCCCUCCUAACCCUUACCCUAACGGUCUAACCCCUCCUAACCCUUACCCUAACGGUCUAACCCCUCCUAACCCUUACCCUAACGGUCUAACCCUUACGGUCUAACCCCUCCUAACCCUUACCCUAACGGUCUAACCCCUCCUAACCCUUACCCUAACGGUCUAACCCCUCCUAACCCUUACCCUAAUGGUCUAACCCCUCCUAACCCUUACCCUAAUGGUCUAACCCCUCCUAACCCUGACCCUGUCCCUAUCCAACACAUAUAUACUAGACUAAACCCUGUCCCUAUAAAAAACAUGCUAUACUCACAUCACACAUUCUGUCCCCAUCAAACACAUGCCAAACUAGACUCCAUCACAGGUCAGGGGAGGACCCACAGGAUACAGGCCUCUCUGUUAGGGAACUCUAUGUUGAUAUACUGCUGUUCCACUGCAGUCAUAUGCAGUAUCAUGUCCAAUGGACCAAAAACAACACAAUAGCAACCUCAAUGGAGACACUUUGUGGUUUCACUGGAUGUUCCUCCUCCCAGAGUGCAAAGAACCUUGGCGUGGCCCUGGACAACACCCUGUCGUUCUCCGCUAACAUCAAAGCGGUGACCCGAUCCUGCAGGUUCAUGCUGUACAACAUUCGCAGAGUACGACCCUACCUUACACAGAAACCGGCACAGGUCCUAAUCCAGGCACUUGUCAUCUCCCAUCUGGAUUACUGCAACUCGCUGUUGACUGGGCUCCCUGCCUGUGCCAUUAAACCCCUACAACUUAUCCAGAACGCUGCAGCCCGUCUGGUGUUCAACCUUCCCAAGUUCUCGCAUGUCACCCCGUUCCUCCGCACACUCCACUGGUUUCCAGUUGAAGCUCGCAUCUACUACAAAACCAUGGUGCUUGCCUACGGAGCUGUGAGGGAAACGGCACCUCCUUACCUUCAGGCUCUGAUCAGACCCUACACCCAAACGAGGGCACUACGUUCAUCCACCUCUGGCCUGCUAGCCCCCCUUACCUCUACGGAAGCACAGUUCCCGCUCUGCCCAGUCAAAGCUAUUCGAUGCUCUGGCACCCCAAUGGUGGAACAAGCUCCCCCACGACGCCAGGACAGCGGAGUCACUGACCACCUUCCGGAGACACUUGAAACCCUACCUCUUUAAGGAAUACCUGGAAUAGUAUAACAGUAAUCCUUCUACCCCCCCCCCCCCCCCAUUAAAAAAAAAAAGGGGGGGGAAAAAGGGUGGUUGUCCCACUGUCUAUCCUAAGUUGAAUGCACCAAUUUGUAAGUCGCUCUGGAUAAGAGUGUCUGCUAAAUGACUUAAAUGUAAUGUGGAAGUCUUAGCAAAAACACAAUACACAAUAUGUAAAACCUUGGCCCUGGCUUGGAUUUCAUUGUGUAGAACACCAUUAAGCAAAACACCAAUUCCCAACAUUUCAUUUUUCAUAUGAUAUUCAAACCAGCUUUUCUUCUGACAACAUUCAAAAGCUUUAUUGUUCAAUAUGACGCAUGUAGAGGUAGAUUCCAGGAACAUUGAAACCCUUUGAAGCCGCGGCCAAACAUCAUUACUCCAGAAGUCCAAUAAUGCUAGCUUGUUCUGUUCUGAGCAUCCCAAGGCCCUCUGUAUAGGAGGCCACCUGGCUCUCCACAAUGACUGGGGGUUCUACGUCCCGUCUGUUCUCUUCAGUGAGAUGAGGGCUGAUCUUGGAUCAGUUUCCCACCCCCGUCCGUAUAACCAUAUUCACUAUCAUCUAAAAGACAAAACUGAUCACAGAAUAGCACUACUACUCUGAGGCGCUUUGUUAAUACGGGCCCAGGUUUCUGGCUGCGGCGGCAGGCUGGGAUCAGUGUUAGGAUCAGGCUGUCCUGGAGCAUCAUGUUGAUCGAUGGUCUUCAUAACAGCCCUUCUCCUCUGAGACACCAUGCUGUUUCCCGACCUGACAGCUGAAGUCAAGCAGGAAUAAUUUUUCUACCACUAAUGUCUGUGGCCUUUCAACUCUGUCCUCCCCUGAACCUGAACCCGCCCUGGGCAGAUUAUCACCAUUACCCUCUCCUCUCCGGUCCAUCCGUCCACUCCUGCUCUUUAGGUUAUUUGUUUUCCCUGGCUGAUGCGGUGUAACAUCAGUUUAGUUACAUAAAACAGUACUUGUCUCUGCUGUCAUUGAGCACUAUACUGAUGCUACCACCAUACACAUGUCACACUUGGCCUCACACUCUGUUUAUGAUGAAUAUGUGUUGAUUCCUUCGGGGUACAAAGUCCCUGGUGGGUAAAUACCCUACUAGACCUCGAAUGCCUGCUCCAUCACUUGUAUGGUUUACCUUGGUGAAAACAGGCCUUCUGUAUGUUAAAAUAAAUAAUAUGCCAUUUAGCAGACGCUUUUAUCCAAAGUGACUUACAGUCAUAUUCUGUGUUGUAGACUGAUCUGGACCAAUACAAGAAGGCUCUGCUAGACACAGGCUGUGACCUGUCCCCUGUCAACUACAUCAAGCAGUGGAAGUAAGUUGGUCCAUCAAAUUAUGUUUCAUACAUACAGAACAAAACAUAAUAGUAAACCACAUUGUUUUAGACAACAAGCUACUUAUAUAUUGUGAAUAUUUUGUUUUUUCCCCCAGGGCUUUCACUAAGAUUGCUGCCACACCAUCUAACUAUGGGAACAGCGGUGUAAAACCUAUGGGGUAAGAGCGAGAGUGUGUGUCCCUUUCCAUAGACCACGGUUUUAAUCAUAGUUUAUUUACUAACUUUAUUUAACCAGGUAAGUUAUUGAGAACACAUUCUCUUUUACAAUAACAACAUAGUCCAUGCUAGUCCCAUAGUCCUAACCCCCGUGUUGACCCUGUCCUAACCCCCGUGUUGACCCUGUCCACCCCGGUGACCCUGUCUAACCCCCGUGACCGUCUAACCCCGUGACCCUGUCCUAACCACCGUGUUGACCCUGUCCUAACCACCGUGUUGACCUGUCCUAACCACGUGUGACCUUCUAACCCCCGCGUUGACCCAGGUCCUAACCCCCGGUUGGACCCCCCCCUUGACCCUGUCCUAACCCCCGCGUUGACCCUGUCCUAACCCCCGUGUUGACCCUGUCCUAACCCCCGCGUUGACCCUGUCCUAACCCCCGUGUUGACCCUGUCCUAACCCCGCGUUGACCUGUCCACCGUGUACCUGUCCUAACCCCUGUGCCCUGUCCUAACCACCUUUGACCCGUCCAACCCCCCCGUUGACCCUGUCCCAACCCCCGCGUUGACCCUGUCCCAACCCCCGUUACCCGUCCCACCCCCGCGUUGACCCUGUCCCAAACCCCCGCGUUGACCCUGUCCCAAACCCCCGCGUUGACCCUGUCCUCCUCCUGUCUCUAUGUCCCACAGCCUCUUCUCUCGAGUGAUGAACUCUGGCUCCCAGUUUGUCAUGGAGGGGGUGAAGAACCUGGUGCUCAAACAGCAUGUAAGUAGAGAGAGAGAGAGAAAUAAAUUUACACACAGGAUGAGUAGGAAGAUACUGAAUGUCUCCAAAUCUUACUCCUCCUACUCCCUCCUCCACAGACAGAGGAGAGGAGCAGUAUCUCAAUACUGUCUGUAUGUGUGUUUUUAGUGUCCAGAUGUCACUUGGCUUUGAUGGGAAGGUUUUGCCUGGAGACGUAUGAUAAUAUCUCACGUAGCUGCUAAGUUAGAGUCUGUAAUGAAUGAUAUCAUCUGGGGAGCAAGGACAGAGUUUGAAAGAGUUUAUCUUUCAGAACCUGCCCGUCACGCGUAUCCUGGACAACCUGAUGGAGAUGAAGUCCAACCCGGUGAGUCUCCUUCUCUCUUCCCUUCUCUCUCCUCUUUUCUAACUUCCCUUCUCUCUCCUCUCUUCUCUUCUCUUCUCUUCCCGCUCUACAUUGGACAUUCUUCUCUCUUCUCUUCUCUUCUCCUCUCUUCCCGCUCUACAUUGGACAUUCUUCUCCUCUCCUCUCUCCUCUUCUCUCUCCUCUCUUCUCUUCACUCUCUCCUCUCCCUUUUCCUCUUCCUCUCCUCUUCCCUCCCCCUCUCUUCCCGCUCUACAUUGGACAUUCCUCUAUGUAUGUUUGUUGCACCAUCACAUUCAGGAGGGAAGCACGCUGAUGGAGACAGUGGCAAAAAGAUGGACAAUCUGAGCGCUUGAUGGUUUUUGCGACAGCACUUGACGAAACGUUAAAAGUUCUUGAACGUUUUCCGUAUUGGCUGACCUUCAUGUCUUAAAGUAAUGAUGGACUGUCGUUUCUCUUUGCUUAUUUGAGCGAUUCUUGACAUAAUAUGGACUUGGUAUUUUACCAAAUAGGGCUAUCUUCUGUAUACCACCCCUACUUUGUCACAACACAACUGAUUGGCUCAAACGCAUUAAGAUGGAAAGAAAUUCCACAAAUUAACUUUUAAGAAGGCACACUUGUUAAUUGAAAUGCAUUCUAGGUGACUACCUCAUGAAGCUGGUUGAGAGAAUGCCAAGAGUGUGCAAAGCUGUCAUCAAGGCAAAGGGUGGCUAUUUGAAGAAUCUCAAAUAUAAAAUAUAUUUUGAUUUGUUUAACACUUUUUUGGUUACUACAUGAUUCCAUAUGUGUUAUUUCAUAGUUUUGAUGUCUUCACUAAUAUUCUACAAUGUAGAAAAUAGUAAAAAUAAAGAAAAACCCUUGAAUGAGUAGGUGUGUCCAAACCUUUUACUGGUAGUGUAUAUAGCUAAGCUACUUUGUAAAAUGUAAAACACAUGUCUGCAGUGGUGUGCAUAGCUGUGGAUGACAUAGGCUCCUCACUGUGUAAAAGGGUUUGUCAAGUAAGUCAGUCAUGUGUAGAUAUACCAGGAGGCUUCUGCUAGAACAGGGGGAGGGGGGGAGCGAGAGGGAGGGAGGGCAGGUGUUGUCUGAUCAAUUUUUUUUAUUUUUUAUGUGUCUCACAGGAUCCAUGCUGCUUGUACAGGAGUGGUGGUUACUAAGAGGAAUUGGGUGACCUCUGAGCAAUGGGAGGAUUUUAGGGUUUCUAGAAUUGAGUGUGUUGUUUUUGGUGUACUGAUGAUGUUAUAUGAUCUGCAGGAGACUGAUGACUACAGAUACUUUGAUCCCAAGAUGCUGCGUGGCAGUGAGAGGUAAGACUCCGUAAAGAGCUCCAAAGAUAGCACUUAGUUAGUUAAGGCCUCUUAAUAGUCGUGCAUUUCCUGUGCCUGUAAGAUGUUUCUAACACUCCUGCUUUCCAACCAGCUCCAUCCCAAGGAACAAGAACCCGUUUCAAGAGGUGAGUCCUGCCAUGGUCAGCACAUAGAGAGAGACACACACACACACACACAUACAAAUAGGAUCUCCAUGAAGUCCAGUAACUGCUGUGUUGCUGUGGUCCUGAGUACCCCGGACGGUCCUGGUGCUUAGCCUGGCCUGAUUGUGUGAAGGGGAGAGCACUAAUCUAAUCUGUGUGUACUGUAUCUGAACCUGGCAGCCAGAUGUAGCAUUACUGUCUCUAACGGAGACUUUCUCUCCUUCUAUUUUAGGCUAUUGUCUUCGUGGUAGGAGGAGGGAACUACAUAGAAUAUCAAAACCUGGUGGACUACACAAAGGUAGCUUCUUAUUACUCUCUAAAUCUUUUUUCUUUUUUUUUGAGAACCUCUUCAUAUAUCCAGUUGAGUUUUUAUUGAACAAUGUGUAUUUUGUGGUACCCUUUUAGGCAAAGCCAGGGAAGAGGGUGCUGUACGGAUGCAGUGAGCUCUUCAAUGCAGGACAGUUCAUCAAACAGGUAGGAGGACAAACAGACUUUUAAAAAUUUUUAAUAAUAAUACAAUUGAUUAUUAUGUAGUUGAUAAUUAUAUUAUAAUUGAUCAUUAUAUAUUAUAAUUGAUCAUGAUCAGUUUAUAAUAUCAUGAUAUAAAUCAACAGUAAUCAUUAAGCAAGCCCUAAACAUAAUAUGAAAUGAUGACACAUAUUGUAGGUUUGUGUUAAAUAACCUAAACUGCUUAAUUGAUCUCAAAUCUCUUGUUGUUUUGAUAGUUGCUCCAUGCUUUUAUCUCCACAGCUGUCUUCACUUGGCCAAAAGUAAAAACAAGAAAAUAUAUGAACAUUUUCUUCGAUUCCAUUUCUCCUAAAUACUGCAAGCAAGACCUCCCGACUCAUACUGUAUAAUCAUACCUCUAGGUUCUCUCUCUCUCUCUUUCUCUCCAUGUAUUUUAUCAUAUGUACUGUACUUACAUUGUUUGUUUACCUAAUUCUUUACACUCUCAACAAAUAAAGAUUAACAGUCUUACUCAACACUGUUGUGAUGUCUAGUGUCUAUCUAGUGUUUGUACCAGGGUUUUCCAACUUGUCCUUUGUUUAAUCUUAUUCUAGAUCAGAAUAGGGUGUUUUAGCAGGGACUUCCUCUUGCAGCGCACAAGGAUGAACAACUUUUUAUAUUUACAGUCUACAUAUAGCCCCAUUUGUCUGUUUCCGUUCCCCUUAGGUAAUUUUGGAGCUGACCUCAUGAGCCAAGAAGCCGGCAGUUGUUAGUUUUGUUGACCUAGAGUUAUAGCAUGGAGAGCUCACCAUUACUAUACAAGGUGCUGCUGCUUAAUCUCUAUAUUGCUCCACAGCAUAGGCCACUUCCUUGACCAUCUUUCAGUGUGUCACCAAUCGGAGCGUACAGUGAGGGAAAAAAGUAUUUGAUCCCCUGCUGAUUUUGUACGUUUGCCCACUGACAAAGACAUGAUCAGUCUAUAAUUUUAAUGGUAGGUUUAUUUGAACAGUGAGAGACAGAAUAAGAACAAAAAAAUCCAGAAAAACGCAUGUCAGAAAUGUUAUUAAGUCAUUAAGGUUUCGAGGCUGACGUUUGGCAACUCGAACCUUCAGCUCCCUCCACAGAUUUUCUAUGGUAUUAAGGUCUGGAGACUGGCUAGGCCACUCCAGGACCUUAAUGUGCUUCUUCUUGAGCCACUCCUUUGCUGCCUUGGCCGUGUGUUUUGGGUCAUUGUCAUGCUGGAAUACCCAUUUUCAAUGCCCUGGCUGAGGGAAGGAGGUUCUCACCCAAGAUUUGACGGUACAUGGCCCCGUCCAUCGUCCCUUUGAUGCAGUGAAGUUGUCCUGUCCCCUUAGCAGAAAAACACCCCCAAAGCAUAAUGUUUCCACCUCCAUGUUUGACGGUGGGGAUGGUGUUCUUGGGGUCAUAGGCAGCAUUCCUCCUCCAAACACGGUGUGUUGAGUUGAUGCCAAAGAGCUCGAUUUUGGUCUCAUCUGACCACAACACUUUCACCCAGUUCUCCUCUGAAUCAUUCAGAUGUUCAUUGGCAAACUUCAGACGGCCCUGUAUAUGUGCUUUCUUGAGCAGGGGGACCUUGCGGGCGCUGCAGGAUUUCAGUCCUUCACGGCGUAGUGUGUUACCAAUUGUUUUCUUGGUGACUAUGGUCUCAGCUGCCUUGAGAUCAUUGACAAGAUCCUCCCGUGUAGUUCUGGGCUGAUUCCUCACUGUUCUCAUGAUCAUUACAACUCCACGAGGUGAGAUCUUGCAUGGAGCCCCAGGCCGAGGGAGAGUGACAGGUCUUUUUGUGUUUCUUCCAUUUGCGAAUAAUCGCACCAACUGUUGUCACCUUCUCACCAAGCUGCUUGCCGAUGGUCUUGUAGCCCAUUCCAGCCUUGUGUAGGUCUACAAUCUUGUCCCUGACAUCCUUGGAGAGCUCUUUGGUCUUGGCCAUGGUGGAGAGUUUGGAAUCUGAUUGAUUGAUUGCUUCUGUGGACAGGUGUCUUUUAUACAGGUAACAAACUGAGAUUAGGAGCACUCCCUUUAAGAGUGUGCUCCUAAUCUCAGCUCGUUACCUGUAUAAAAGACACCUGGGAGCCAGAAAUCUUUCUGAUUGAGAGGGGGUCAAAUACUUAUUUCCCUCAUUAAAAUGCAAAUGGAUUUAUAACAUUUUUUACAUGCAUUUUUCUGGAUUUUGUUGUUGUUAUUCUGUCUCUCACUGUUCAAAUAAACCUACCAUUAAAAUUAUACACUGAUCAUUUCUUUGUCAGUGGGCAAACGUACAAUAUCAGCAGAGGAUCAAAUACUUUUUUUCCCUCACUGUAUAGCUAAGUGUAUUAUUAGCUGACCUGACUUCUGUGGCUAGCAUUACAUCAGACACUACUAUCAUUAACAGGAUCAAGGGAUUAGGAUAAUAAUGUAUGAAGGACACAACCAUGCCUGUUCUCUCAGUCUAUUGCUGUACGCCUGCCUGCUGCUGGCUGGUGACACAGACAGGGUCAUCAUAUGGAGAGACUGAGAGGGUGAAUCUCAACUCUGUCACACUCUCACUUGGAAUAAAGUCAAGAGAAUGCUACCAUCCACCCGAGUGGUCUCUGGGACACCACUCACUUCACCUGUCCUUAAUCAGAACAACACAGGGCUCUUCAGACGUGUUUGAAAUGAGACCGUUGUGAAAUGUUGGAUCUUGGCCGAGCGGCGCUCAGAAGACAAGGGUGCUGAUGGAGGACACCAUUAUAUCCCGUCCUAAUGUAACUGUCUACAGGGUGUCAGCCAAGGAGGAGACUGCCACUGGUGUUUACUUGUUGAUACUAGGUAAUUAUUCUAAUGUUUACCUUGUCAAACUGCUGUAAAGCUAUACUGUUGCUAAUAUAGAAUAGACAACUUUCACAAAAAAAUACAUGGUAAAUCUUGUGUUAGUGUACUUGUAUACCGAUGCCAUUGUUAUUAUAUAAUGUUAUGAGUUGUGUCUUCAUGGAUAUGGUUUAAAUAGGAAGUGUUUUUAUUUACAUUUCCAGGGUGGCUCUCCUGGCUAGGUAAUGGAGUGGUGAUUCUACUGUUGGUCAAGCGGAGACAACGUCUGGAGCCACAGGACUUCCUCACUCUUAACCUGGCUGUGUCCGACACUGGCAUCGCCAUCUUCGGCUACUCCAGAGGGAUACUGGAAGUCUUCAACGUGUUCAUGGACGACGGACUUCUGAUCAAGACCAUCUGGACCGGCCAGGUACCAAAGGGACAUUGGUUGGUUGGUUGGUUGGUUGGUUGGUGGUUGUUUUUUGGGGGUUGAAUGAUUGAUUGAUUGAUUGAUUUGUUAUUAAAGUGUCUUGCAUUUUUCAGAUGACCUAUAUGGCCCUCUAAGAAUAUUUCUAAUGCUAGUUAUAGUUGCACUGUUUUGAUAGUGGUUUGUGUAUUAUUGUACAGAGGUUGAUACUCUAGCCCUCUUUUGUUAGUAGUCAGGGUUGGGGUUAAUUCCACAAAUUCAAUUAUAAUUAAUUUCUACCGCUCCCUGUAAAUUCCAUUAAAUUCAAUUCAAAUUCCAGGUCAGUCUUUGAAAUCAGAGAUAAUUAAAAUACCUCUCAAUUCCAAUGUUUGGUAAAUUACAAUAAUUAAAUUCCCAAUUUAAUAUUAUCCCAACCCAACAAUUCCACAAAUGUAUAUUCAACUCCUUCAGGCUGAUCAUGUCACUGUUCAGACAGCUUAGCUAUACUGGAAAUAUAGAAAUACACGUUGAAAUGAUUAAAAACAAAUCCUGCAGUAAAAAUGUGUAUACUAAGUGCAUUAAUUCCAUCAACUGGGAAAUGUACAAAUAUUGAAUUCCAAUUUAGUUCCAAUUCAAACAGACCAAACUAAAUUAAAUUGUAAUUGACCCGAACCCUGUUAGGAGUUGUUGUUGUUAUUAUUGAGUUAUUGUUCUAAAGCUUUGAAUGAUGUUUAAGGGCACUUCAUAGAUUGACAAGGGACCCAGAUCUUAUCAAGGAGUUUGUCUGUGAAUGUGAACACAAAACUACAUUAUAGCUACACAGAUAAGAUCAGUACAAUCAUAGCUUACAAUUUCAGAGGAAGGAAUCAGCUCGAGGACAAGUUGUACAAUAACACAUAUUUUAUAUGGUCUUGUAUAUUAGCAUUUUCUACUAUAAAAAAAGUUAAGGAAGUUAAAUCAAACCCUCAGUAGGCUACUGUUACCAUGGCUACCCAGGACUCUCACCAUUCCACUUGACAGAUGACUGGAUUAAACGACAGAAAGAAAACAUCACAUUCCACCAGAGAAUAGUGUGUGUUUUUAUCCUGCAGUAGCCAGUCUACCUGGCUUGUAGCGUGAGAGUCUGGUUAGCGGGUGAUGACACAACACGGUUUGGAAGGAUUCCUCCCUCUCCCACAGGCUGGCAGAGAGCUGCAGGCACUUCAUCAUAAUCUAAAAGUGUGUGUGUGUGCACGUGCGUGUGUGUGCGCGGGUGAGUCUGCGUGUCUGCCUUCCUGAUCCUGCUCUUUGGGUUCAUAAGCAUCAACACACUGACAGCCAUCAGUGUCAUCCACUACAUCAAAGGAUGCCAACCCAGCCAUGGUAUGUAGUCUAUGCUGUGACCCAGGUCCCAGGCCAGGGGGUGUAGGACUGGGGCCUCCCCUGGUCCAGGUGCUCAGGGCAGGGCACCCUGGGUCAAUGGCAGCCACUCUAAACCCCAUUACCUGCUGCUCCAGGUCAAGGCCUUAAACUGUUCAGUGCUCCCUGACUGCCUGUGGGCAAGAUGGCACAGAUGGGACUAUUUAUUAUUAGAGAUAAUCAUAUUAUAAUCUCAAUUGUCGUCAUUGUUUUUUGUGAAAUCACUGUAAUUCGUUUUGUUUCCCAUGAUUCGCCAUAUUACACCAUUUCUGUUUAGUAUCUGGCCUAUGUUCUUAUACGCCAAGGGCUUAAGUCAAGUCUGAGUAACUACAUGUUUUACAUUUUAGUCAUUUAGCAGACGCUCUUAUCCAGAGCGACUUACAGUUAGUGAGUGCAUAUAUUUUUCAUACUGGCCCCCCGUGGGAAUCGAACACACAACCCUGGCGUUGCAAGCGCCAUGCUCUACCAACUGAGCUACACUACGUUUUGUCUUUCAGCUCAUCAUAUUAACAAGCGCAACGUUUCUGUGGUGAUUGUGGCGGUGUGGCUGUGUGCCUUGUUCUGGUCUGGAGUGCCCCUGGUGGGCUGGGGGAGUUACACAGGUAGGAGGAACCUACCCAUGUGACUUCUGGCCUCUCCUUUCACUUCUCUGUAAGAUUUGAUUUAUGUUUGUUGUAAUGAAUGCAUAUACAGCAAAUAAUCUGUAAAUGUAGUGGAAUAUCUAACCAUCAAUUAUCAUAACCAAUCAACCGUAUCAAUUCUCUGUUUUGCAUCUUGCAGCUCAUAGGUAUGGGAUGUGUGAGGAAGACUAGGUCCAGGCCAGGUUCUCUACGUCAUCCUCAUCUUCACCUUCAACUUCUUCAUCCCGGUUGUGAUCAUAUGGUUUUCCUACGUGUCCAUCAUUCGGGCGGUCAACAACAGCCACACGUCCAGCAGAGGGGGAGAGGUCAGCAAGAGACAGAAACGGAUGGAGCGCAGUAUAACAACAGUGAGUGAGUGAGCCCUCAGUCAGCUGUACUCUACAGACAAUUACAGUAGCUGCAGGAUUGGGUACAUACUACAUACUGGUGAAUGCUGUGGGAUUCAAAGUACAAAGCCAAUUUGUGUCUGCUGAUGGUCGGCUCUUUUAGCUAUACACUGCUUUGAUUUCAUUUGCAUUUUUAGUCCAAUGCAAAGUUAUAAUAUUUUGUCAUCUUCAGAAGGUAUUGGUUAGGUCAGUGUUUGUGGCUAUUCAUGUGUAGUGUGUAUUAUUAUACCAACUACUCCCUCCUCCCCCAGGUGUCUCUGAUCCUGUGUUCAGCCUUCCUGCUGGCCUGGUCUCCCUAUGCGGUCAUCUCAAUGUGGUCUGCCUGGGGUCACCAGGUGCCUCCUCUCCACAGCAUCCUAAGUCAGCCAGCUUCUACAACCCCUUCAUCUACCUGGGCAUGA